AUGCAAAAAGGUUCUGAUAUUGAUCAAAAUCUCCAAGUGAGAGGCCAAACCACAGAGACACUUCCAGGUGGAAGACAAACAGGUCCUCGCGAAGACUUUGAUGACAUAGUGAGAGAUGACAAUUACGAAGUUGCCGAUAGUCAUCUCAAUCAAAAGGGAGAUUACACCAUUGUGUUCAGACACAAGUAUGGAGGCAAUGAUCAGACAUUCCCUAAUGUCUCAAGAGAAAAGAUUGAAAAUUCAAGACUCAAGGACAGAAUUCUUAAGGGUGGCAGCAAAAACUUGUAA